AGAGCAAAGAUUAUCUUCAGGUGUUGAUCUUAAAGCUGGACAUUAGAGCGGUUAUUUUCACAGAUAAAUGGAUUAUAAUUUAGUCUGAACUGAAACUAUGAGGAGGGAGAAAGUACAGUCGGUGCUGCUGGAGCUCAGUGUGGUUCAUUUACCUCAGUGACUGAAGCUGAAUGUAGUUUAAUCUGCUUCCAGGACAGGAAUUUUACUACAUGGAGGUUCUCAUUUAAUCAGGAAGUAAAAGUAGAAUAGAAACUCUUAACUUCUACUAAAUGAUGAUUUGUUGUUACAACAGCUUUUAUCUGAAACAUGGACCCAUUUCAUCUGAGGAGGAGGAAGAUAAUGAAGAGUAAUUAAGACUGUGUGAAGAACACGGCUGCCUGAUGAAGAACCUCCUUCAUGAUGAUGAUGAAGGAUUGUAUUAGUGUGAAUCUGUAGGAGGAGAUAAAGAGAUAAAAAUGGCGGCUGCAAGAAACAAGGAGUUUAAACUCUUUGGACCCUGUGAUGAAUGUGAAGUGCCUCAGUCUCCCUCUGUGGUCACUCUCUCCUGUCACCUGUCUCCUGAAAUUAGUGCUGUUGCCAUGGAGAUCAGGUGGUUUAAGGGGACGGACUCUGUUUGUCUCUAUAAGAACAGGCAGGUGACAGAGGUGAGGGGCUACGAGGGCAGAGUGAGUCUGUUCACUGAGGAGCUGCAGAGAGGAAACGUCUCCUUACAGAUCAGAGACUGUAGAGAAUCAGAUACAGGACAUUAUCUGUGUCAGGUCACCAAUGGAGACACAACAGAGGAGUGUACAGUAAUAGUGCGGGCAUCGUGGGACAUACUGUAUUUCAGAGUCUAUCAGAGUAACAGAGAAUGGACAGAAGAGGAGAGAAAGAAAAUGAAGGAAUCUGUUCUGCUGACUGAUUUAACUGGAAAGGCUAAACAACUUGAAGAGAAAACAAACAUUAUAACUGAGAGAGACAGACAGCUAAUGGAGAGAGAAAAACAAGUGGAGGAGAAAGACAGACUUCUGACAGAAAAGACAGCAACACUUCAGAUGAAGGAGAAGAUUUUAGAAGAGAAAGACAAACUUCUCACAGAGACACAAGAUGAACUGAGACAAACGACAAAGAAAUUUGAAGAGAAUCAAAAGGAAAUGAAUGAAAGAUUAGAAAGUGUUAAUAAGCAGCUUAAAGAUAAAGACUCACAACUGGAGAAUCAGAUCAAACUGCUGAGAGAGAAAGAGACUCUACUGGAGAUCACAGUGAAACAGCUUGAAGAGAAGGAGAGACUUCUAAGUGAGAGAAACACACAGCUAAUGGAAAGAGACAAGCAGGUUGAGGAGAAAGACAGACUUCUAGAGGAGAGAAACAAGCAGCUGCAGGAGAGAACAGAUCCAGACUCAGCAGCUCCAGCCAGGAGGAGAAACAGCAAAGAGAUUGAUCCUCCAGACUUGAGUGGAGAGACUCCAGAAUCUGCAGCACCACUCAGGAGAAAAAACAGUCUGCAGGACUUUCCUCCAGAUAUGAGUGGAGAAUCCUCUAGUUCAGCCUCUCCAGAGUCAGUUCCUAUAGCAGAGCUCAGGCUGGUGCUGCUGGGGAGGACUGGAUGUGGGAAGAGAGCAGCAGGAAACACCAUCCUGGGCAGAGAGGAGAGGAGCCAGGCUGGAGCGUCUACAGUGAGGCAGCAGAGUGAGAGCAGACAGGGGGAGGUGGCUGGGAGGCAGGUGACUGUGGUGGACACUCCUGACUGGUUCUGUCCUGGACUCUCUCUGGAGGAGCUGAGACAGGACGUGGGACACUGUGUGCAUCUGUCUGCCCCAGGACCCCACGCCUUCCUCCUAGUCAUACCAGUGAAGCAGUCUACAGGAGAGGAGAGAGGCAUGUUGGAGAAAAUGGAGGAGAUCUUUGGAGAGAGAUGUUGGAGGAACACCAUGAUCCUUUUCACUGUUACUGAUGAAGUCCAAGAGAAGAACAUUGAAGAGUUUAUCCAGUCAGGAAACCAGGAGGUCCAGAGACUCGUAGAGAAAUGUGGGAACAGGUUUCACUGUCUCAGCAUUAAGGAGAGAGACAGAAUCUCAGAUCAGAGCAAUGGAGACAAAGAUCAUGAAGGAAAAAGAAGAAAGGAGGGUGAUAGAAGAGAGACAAAUUAAAAGAAAACUAGAAAAGGAGGUGCAGAACUCUCUGAGAAAGAUAGAUGGAGCAGUACAAGAGCAUGAAGGAGAGAUAAAACAACUAAACGACCGAACAACUGAGCUAGAAAGAAGAA